AUGAUUCUACCAAUACCACCCUACUCAAUAUCUGGUAAUACCCUCAUUCUGAGUAACCCAAAUACUUUCAUUGACUCAAUUGAGUCAGAGUUCUACCCUAACACCCUCAGUGCUCUCCAUAACAGUAGUAGAAUAAAACACCUCUUUUACAUAAACAAACAGAACAAAACAAACAAAAUACUGAUCAACCUGACUGACCGUGAAAUGGCUCUUCAUAGGCUGAAUACUGGUGAUAGGGACGAUUCACGUCACUGUGAAUACAUUGGUGGAAUAGCAUGCAGCAGUAGGAAGUACCACUUCAAGGACAUCAAACUCAUCAAAAGAGUAAAAGUGGUUGAUUUCAAGAGAGGCCUGGUUCACACCCUUGAAGUGGUAGAAAGUGGUAUCAGAAUAGUUGAUGAAUCAGCAGUUGCACCGAAUAAGCUGUAUCACAUGGGACGCAUCUGUAGGAAUGAGACACCACCAGCCAGAAUUGAGUGUGAUUGGUACGAUAUUCUCUAUCCCAGUCUAUUUAGAAUGGCAAUACUGGUAGUAAGUAGUGUAUGUGCCCUAUUUACAUUUAAGGUAGGGAUGUGA